CAAUCCCUAUUAAAGUAGCCGCACCCGCACGGAAGAAACAGAGAUCUCUUACAGCGACUCAUUGCGGUCAGUUUGUAAGAGAAGAAGCGGCUUUGUAACAGCCAUCAAGUCGACAUUUUCUUGAAAUUUGAAAGAAGCUUAAAGCACGAAACAAUAUGCGUGAGUGUAUCAGUAUCCACGUUGGCCAGGCUGGUGUCCAGAUUGGCAAUGCCUGCUGGGAGCUGUACUGCUUGGAACAUGGCAUCCAGCCUGAUGGCCAAAUGCCCAGUGACAAGACCAUUGGAGGUGGAGAUGAUUCCUUCAACACUUUCUUCAGUGAGACAGGAGCAGGAAAGCAUGUUCCCCGAGCUGUGUUUGUAGACCUGGAACCAACCGUGAUAGAUGAGGUUCGUACUGGUACUUACCGCCAGCUCUUCCAUCCUGAGCAACUCAUUACUGGGAAAGAAGAUGCAGCCAAUAACUAUGCCCGUGGCCAUUACACAAUUGGCAAGGAGAUCAUUGACCUGGUUCUGGACAGAAUCCGCAAAUUGGCUGACCAAUGCACAGGUCUCCAGGGCUUCCUGGUCUUCCACAGCUUCGGUGGUGGCACUGGCUCUGGCUUUACAUCCUUGCUGAUGGAGCGCCUGUCAGUUGACUAUGGCAAGAAAUCCAAGCUUGAAUUCUCCAUCUACCCAGCUCCCCAAGUGUCAACAGCUGUAGUAGAGCCCUACAAUUCCAUCCUAACCACCCACACCACCCUGGAGCACUCAGAUUGUGCUUUCAUGGUUGACAAUGAAGCCAUCUAUGACAUCUGCCGCAGAAACCUUGACAUUGAGCGACCCACUUACACCAAUCUGAACCGCCUCAUUAGCCAGAUAGUGUCCUCCAUCACUGCCUCCCUCCGCUUUGAUGGUGCCCUGAAUGUUGAUCUGACAGAGUUCCAGACCAACUUGGUGCCAUAUCCCCGUAUCCACUUCCCAUUGGCCACCUAUGCCCCAGUUAUCUCUGCUGAGAAAGCCUACCAUGAGCAGCUGACAGUAGCAGAGAUCACCAAUGCUUGCUUUGAGCCAGCUAACCAGAUGGUUAAAUGUGACCCUCGCCAUGGCAAGUACAUGGCCUGCUGCCUCCUUUAUCGUGGUGAUGUUGUGCCAAAAGAUGUCAAUGCAGCCAUUGCUACUAUCAAAACCAAACGUACCAUCCAGUUUGUGGAUUGGUGUCCAACUGGUUUCAAGGUUGGCAUCAACUACCAGCCUCCCACUGUGGUCCCUGGAGGUGACCUGGCUAAAGUACAGCGUGCUGUGUGCAUGCUGAGCAACACCACAGCUGUUGCUGAAGCCUGGGCUCGCCUGGACCAUAAGUUUGAUCUGAUGUAUGCCAAGCGUGCCUUUGUUCAUUGGUAUGUUGGUGAGGGUAUGGAGGAAGGAGAAUUCUCAGAAGCUCGUGAAGAUAUGGCUGCCCUGGAGAAGGAUUAUGAAGAAGUGGGUGCUGACAGUGCUGAUGGUGAAGAGGAAGGAGAAGAAUAUUAGAUCCUAGUUAUAACUAAUGUCAUGUUUUGUUUUGUUCUAAUUUGUGCCUUUGUUCUGUGAAACCUCCAAUAAAAGUUGAAGUUCUGAGCUAAA